CGUGUGGUGACGUGAAUGACAGUUCAGAUGCGUAUUUUACACGUGUCUUCAUGCAACAACAAGCAAAAUCAAGACGAAUUGAUAGUUAAAUUGAUAUUCUAUGACCCAAUUCCUCGGUAGCUUUGAGUUUUAAUAAGAGAUAGUGAAUUGUCUUUUUUUUUUAAAUUGGAGGACUGCGACAACAUUUAUAAUAGAAAAGUAAUAUUGUGUAGCUACUUUCUUUGCAAGCUAGCCUAACUCGACUCGAGUUUUUAUUUGUUGUUGGUAGAAAUUGAUUGCAGUGUCUUUCAGUGCUAAACCACACUUGGUUUGUUGGCGUGACUUUACCAGCAUCUCUGUCUGUUUGUUGUCGAGACAAGAGGAGCGCCAACGCCUUUUUCUGUCUUUCUGCCUGGGCGAAAAUUAUCUUGAAAGCACCCCCCCCAAACAACUUAUGAACGGUAGCUGCCAUUCAAACCAGAUCUUGAAGAAACCUCAAGUAAGUGGUUAAAAAUGGGUUGCACGAUCAGCCAAGAGGACAAAGCGGCGAUGGAAAGGAGUAAAAUGAUUGAUCGGAACCUACGAGAAGACCGAGACAAAGCGUCCAGGGAAGUGAAACUUCUGCUACUUGGUGCUGGGGAGUCUGGGAAAAGUACAAUAGUGAAGCAGAUGAAGAUCAUCCAUGAGGCCGGCUACUCUGAGGAGGAGUGUAAACAGUACAGAGUGGUGGUGUACAGCAACACAAUCCAGUCUAUCAUCGCCAUCAUCAGAGCCAUGGGACGCCUAAAGAUAGACUUUGGAGACGCCACACGAGCGGACGAUGCCCGUCAGCUGUUCGUAUUGGCUGGUACAACGGCAGAGGGUGUGAUCUCAUCAGAUCUGACCGGCGUGAUACGGAGACUGUGGACGGACAGCGGUGUCCAGAACUGCUUCCUGCGCUCCAGAGAGUACCAGCUCAACGACUCUGCCUCCUAUUAUCUGAAUGACCUGGACCGCAUCACCCAACAGAGUUAUGUCCCCACCCAGCAAGACGUGCUGAGGACCAGAGUCAAGACUACUGGCAUCGUGGAGACACACUUUACCUUCAAAGAGCUUUACUUCAAAAUGUUUGACGUGGGCGGCCAGCGGUCGGAGAGGAAGAAGUGGAUCCACUGCUUUGAGGGAGUGACCUCCAUCAUCUUCUGUGUGGCGCUCAGCGACUAUGACCUGGUGUUGGCAGAGGACGAAGAGAUGAACCGUAUGCAUGAGAGCAUGAAGCUGUUUGACUCCAUCUGCAACAACAAGUGGUUCACAGACACCUCAGUCAUCCUGUUCCUCAACAAGAAGGAUCUGUUUGAGGAGAAGAUCGGCAGGAGUCCACUCACCAUCUGUUACCCCGAGUACGCAGGUGCCAGUACAUAUGAGGAGGCAGCAGCCUAUAUCCAGUGUCAGUUUGAGGAUCUCAACAGGAAGAGGGCACUAAAGAGAUCUACACCCACUUCACCUGCUGCCACCGACACCAAGAACGUCCAGUUCGUGUUUGACGCCGUCACAGACGUCAUCAUCAAGAUCAACCUCAAGGAGUGUGGACUCUACUGAGGUGUCUGGUGAGCCUCAUGGGAGGGGAUGAUGACUUGGGAUGUUUGCAUUAGAUGAUCGUAGAAGAUUCUAGAAAGUAGAACCGGAGACUGUUCGUUACCACACUGCAUGCAGCACCUGAUGAAUGCUGCAUUUUGGGAUUUGGUUCCUGUUGUUUUUAUUCCUCCGAGAGGAUUUUCCUCCAUGUUCAACACUCUGAUGCACACCGAGGAGCAAGGACAGAACUGAACUGUGGAUGAAAUCUUCACUAGUGAAACACUCCUUGUGGCGUCUAUGGGAACUGCCAAGUCCGACUACAGAGCACUUCUGUUUUUAAGUUCCAGAUCAUGUAUAUGGAGCGAAGUGAUGUUUUCAUGACAGUUAGUUGGUGAUUAACCAACAAAUCCCACAGAUAAUCCUUGGCUAGUUCCCAAAUGGCAACCUAAUUCCUUAUGUAGUGCACUAUUUUUGACCAUCCCUUCUCUUCAUUCCAGUGCUCACAUCUAUAGAUUGACACACUACUGGUAUAUAUGAAACAAAAAGGACCCAAUCAUCAAGCUGAAUAUCUCUCAUCGUAACAUUUCACGAUUCGUUAUGUUUAUUUUUUUCACCAAUCUGAGUCAUAUGCCUCAUUUCAUUUCCCAUUUUUUUUUUAAACAUGUAUUUUAAAGCAUGUUAUUUGUAUAAAGUAGUUGAAAUAGUUUCUUUUUCAUUUUGGUAUUUCUUUGGAUUAUCAGAUAGAAAUAAAUGCAAUCUAUGAGUAUGGUUAAUGGUCUGAAGUCGGCGUAUGGAUCAGGAAUUCAUGUGAUAGAUUUGACCUGCACCUACUCUAACUCUUCACAGUUUUGAGAUUUUAAUCAGUCAUAUUUUUAUGAAUUCAAUAGUCUUGUGUAGACUUUAACAUGAGGUUUCACCGAGGCUACAAUCCUUAUUUCUGAUUCUUAAAAAUAAAAUAAAACAUGUAGAAAAUGGA